AUGUCAUCAAAUGAAGAAACGCCAACGACAUCUGCAAUAACUUCAAUAACUCCAACAGCUGCAGUGGUGUCGGCUUUACCUAUAACCGUUCAAGCUGCAUCUCAUAAUUCGCCUGCUUUUGUUAAUUUGUCCGUUGGCGAACUACUUCAAAAGCAGCAUCGCAUAACAGUCGUAACAGUGCCGGCGUCAAGAGGUGUUACAUCAUCACCAGUGGGACUGGGAAACCGAUUCCCAAUAAAGCCAAUGCCACACCAAUCGCUUACAGACAGUGUUAUCUCACGUUCAUCGAGUUGUCCGUUAGAUCCCAAUAAAUUAAAAGAAGCUAUAGCGGAACCUUCGCAGCUUAAUGUUGCACGGAAACUAAAUGUCAUUGAUAUAAUCAAAUCGGUAGGCGCUUCUGAGCAGCCUCAUUUGGUAGCAGCAUCAGGAUCGACAUCGAUUCUUGGAUCCUUGCAGUUGGAUGAUCUCAUACGGCAAAUUGAUCCUACCUCAAUUCUUGAUGACCCUGUAAAAACUAUGCUCAUUGAAUUUGUCGACGAUUUCGUUAAUCAGGUCAUUGAACGGUCUUGUAAGCUUGCUCGUCAUCGUGGUUCGGAUGCGCUAGAAGCUACAGAUGUUGAUUUCAUUCUGCGACGAUAUUAUAACUAUCCUACCCUUCUAAAAAGUGAACCUCAGGCAAAGUCCGACAGUGUGGAGAAUAUUGAAAAAAGUGCCGAAAUGAUGGCACAUAAUCAACGAAUGGCAUUAAUUAAGAAAACUCUUAAAAAACCCUAA